GCAGUGCACCGGCAACAAAACAGCCGACCGGCAGUGCACCGGCAACAAAACAGCCGACCGGCAGUAAGCUGGCAGUGCACCGGCAACAAAACAGCCGUGCACCGGCCGCAAACCGGCGACAAACCGGUAGCAAACCUGUAGCAAACCGGUAGUAAACCGGCAGUAAACCGGCAGGGCAGCCGGCAGUACACCGGCAGCAAACGGGCAGUAAACGGGCCGGCUUGGAGUGAGUGACAAGGAUGGCGGUGCAUCAAGCCCAGGUAUCCCACGUUUCUUCUGCUGCGUGGGUACCCACGGCGUGUGAGCAACAACAUGGUUUUGCUGAAACGAGCGGUGCGAGUGCGGGCUCAGCCCUCUCUGCAAGAGAUGGACAACGCUAUUGUUGCAGGAUGUGGUCACAUGUCUACCGUUCCUUCUCUAGGUCCAAGCCUCUUGCAGCGUGUUCCUGGUCUGCGAGGAGAUCGCCGGUCUCUUGCUCCUCCUUGUCAGCGUCGUCUCGACUAGUCCAUACCUCGUCGACGAAUCCUCGGCACCUUUAUUGCAAAUGCCGCGGCUUGAAAUUGGACUGCCUGGUGAAAUUGAUGUCGGAGGCUUCGUCAUGCUCAUGGAAAACUCGUCGAUCGGUCGGACAACUGCAGAGGUACCCUCGUACUGUUUCCGCUGCGGCUGCCGCUUCAGACGAUGAAGCUCCUUCUGAUCAUUCAGGAAAUGCACCCACCAGAGGUGCGGACGUGGACAACGAUGAUUUGUCGAGUCAAAAAUUUAUAAUCAUCGAGGGAAGAGAUACCGUGGAGGAUUUCGCAAAACUGCAGUUGCAAGAAAUUGCCGAGAACAUCACAAGGAGACGGAACAAGAUCUUUCUACUGAUGGAAGAGGUGCGGAGGCUGCGAAUUCAGCAGCGACUGAGGAAGGCGGAAAACAGGAUCAACGGCCAUUCCGACUCUGAGGAGGAGGAUGACAUGCAAGAAUACCCGUCGUCAAUUCCUCUUCUCCCUCCGUUGACAAUGAACGACCUCAAGUUGUACUACUUGACUUAUUUCUCUCUUGUUGCACUUGUCAUAGUUUUCGGCGGAAUCUUCGCUCCGAUGCUGGAGCUGAAGUUGGGCCUUGGAGGGACUUCGUAUGCGGAGUUCAUCCACUCCAUGCACUUGCCUGACCAGCUGAGCCAAGUGGACCCCAUCGUCGCUUCUUUCUCGGGAGGUGCAUUGGGAGUGAUCAGCGCUUUGAUGGUGGUUGAGGUAAACAACGUCAAAGUCCAAGAGAAGAAGAAAUGCAAGUACUGCUCCGGAACAGGGUAUUUGACAUGUGGCCGCUGUUCGGGCUCUGGCACGGUGCUGGAAGCAGAGGCGACAAGCGUAUUAGCCAGUGGAGGGGACACAAAAAGGACCACCACCAGUGUAAUCAACCCAAGUGUUCAAGCCCGUUGUUCAUAUUGCAGUGGAGUUGGAAAGGUGAUGUGUACAAGCUGCCUGUGUACCGGGCGAGCGAUGGCGACGGAACACGAUUUGCGUAUCGAUCCCUUCGUCUGAUCAGAUAUAAUUUCUGAAGGAGUCAGAAAAGCCGAGCAGCG